AUGGCGGCUGAACAGAGGAAGCUGCUCGAGCAGCUCAUGGGCGACACCCUCUUGCUGGGCCCCGGCACACGCGCACCCCAAAUCUCUAUCACCGACCCCAAAGUCUGCCCCUCCUAUCUCGCAGGCACCUGUCCGCACGACCUCUUCACAAAUACGAAACAGGACUUCGGUCUCUGCCCCAAAAUCCACAACGAGGGCCUGAAGACCGAGUACGAGGCUGCCUCCGACGAGCAGAAGCGCCAAUGGGGCUUCGAUUUCGACUACAUGAGGGACAUGCAGAAGUACGUGGAUGAGUGCAAUAGGCGCAUUGAUUCGGCGCAGAGAAGGCUGGAGAAGACGCCGGAUGAGAUUCGGCAGACAAAUGCGCUGCUCAAACAAAUCAACGACCUCUCCAAGACAAUCCAAAACGGCCUCCUCGAAGUCGCUAUCCUAGGUGAAGAGGGCCAAGUCAACACCGCCGUCACCGAGUUCUUCAAGAUCAGGCAGGCGAAGCAAACUAAAGAGGAUCGCGAAAAGGAGCUAAAAGCGCUCUCGGAUACCUCUGGUCCGUCUGGUCACCAGAAACUCCAGGUAUGCGAUGUCUGCGGCGCAUACCUCAGCAGACUCGACAAUGACAGGCGGCUGGCGGAUCAUUUCUACGGAAAGAUGCAUCUAGGGUACGCGCAGAUGCGGAAGACGUACGAGCAACUGCGGAAGGAGCUGAAGGGACGGCAGCCUCCGCAUCGGCCACCUCCAGAAGACGCGGCUCCGCCUAGAGGAGGAGGAGGCUACGAUGAGGGUGGCUUUGGCGAACGGGGUGGGUACGGUGGGAGAGGGUUCCGCGGUGGAGGUGGCUUUGGUGGUCGCGGGGGGUUUAGAGGUAGGGGAAGCUUUGGUGGUGGGCAGCGGUGGUAA